CUCCAUCUACUUCUCUUUCUGUACAUCCAAACAAUGAAUUGUAUUCGAGGUACACUAUAUUAUCUUUGCCAGUUUUAUAACAAUCUGUUACAUUUUUGUAUGUUUUCUCUAGUUUUUCAACUCACCCAUCUUCUUCAGACAUUCCAAAUAACAGUGAACAUUUUUCAGUACCUUUUUCUUAUUCUAUUCCAACAUUUGAUCAGUUAAAAACAUGCAUUGAAACAUUGUUAACAUACCAAAAACCUCCAACAUCGAAGAUAAAUAAUCAUAGUAUAAAAAAAGAGAAUAAAGUUGAUUUAAAAAUUUUAUUUUGUUUAAUGUGUGGUGCUAAUGAUGCGGAAAAUAUUUCAAUUCUUGUGGAAAAAAUUUUAGAACGAUUAAAAAUUAAUACGUGUUCAAAAGUUUAUUCUAAUUCAUUUGUGAUUGAAACAUUCCUGGGAAAAAUUAGACGGAAAAUUGAAUUUGUUUUCACUUCUUUUCAUAGUGUAUUUAGUGUAAAAUUAAAUAAAUUUGAUGGUUUUAUUCUCUUAUACAAUAGUGAUAGAUGUGCAGCAUCUAAUACAAUCAGAUAUGUGAUGAAAUAUAUAAGUGAUAAAUUGUACAAUAAAUCAGAUGAUGUGAUGAUAAAUAGUGAUCAUCUACCAGUAUCUCUACCGCCUCUAUUUUUAUUAAGUUGUUUAAAUGAUAACACAAAAUCCAAUGUGAUGUUGAUAAAUCAUAAAAUGAAUAAUGUAGAACAAUCACAACAACAGCAAAAAUAUUCAAUUCAAAAUGGAAUUUCUAAUAAGCACAAUGAUGAAGAAAAAAAUGAGCGAAAAGAUUUAAUACACUUUCAUGCAGAGACUGUACAUGAUUUUGUUGAAAAUCAUUUAUUAUCCUUUCUUUAUAAUUGUUGGGGUUCGAGACGCAGUGAUGAGAAUGAUAAUAUUGACAAUAAUACUAGCAGUGAUCAUUUAUUAGCUGGUGUCACAUCCUAUUUUGCACAACAGUCUUCUACGUACACAACGUCGACAACAAAUUUAAUGACAUGCAGUUUAGAAAGAAAUAUAAAUAAUCGAAUACGAAAACAUGAUCAUUUUCUUUCACCUUCAACAAUAUCAUCAUUAACAAAAUCAAAUGAACAUUCACCAUCUCAUACUGCAACAUUAACGCCAAGAAACAUGAAUAUUGCUGACACUGUUUUGUGUUAUCGUUCCUAUCCUCAUUUAUCAUCGAUAAAUCCUGACGAUAUGAUCUCCAUGAUAAAAGAUCCAUCGAAUUUUACUAUUGUACCUACGACACCUGUUGAUAAUGAUUUAUGUUCGCCAUUGACAUCUUCGACAACAUCAAUGUGUACACCACAACAUGUAAAAAAAUCCAAUAGUAUGAGAUUUCCUCAAUUACUUGAUCAUCCAAAAGACAAAAGUCAUUCGAGUACGAAUGGAUUAAUAUUAAAAAAAAAUGAAAAUUCUAAACAAGAAAUGAAAUUGGUUACAAAUGAUAGAAAUUUAGUUCACCGUGGUUCAGUUCAAGUAAAAGUUCCACUUGCCAUACCAGAAAUAAUUGAAUUUAAUGAUAAUCAUAUGUUGGAGUUAACUAUUGAACCAACAACAACAACAACAACGAAUGCAAAUGAUGAAGCAAUGACAACAUCUCUUACCGAUUCAUCAAUGGUGCAAAUGACACAUGCAAAUUAUUUUAUUUACUAUUAUGGUGAUAAUUCAGAAAAUAUUUUUAGUCAGAUACGCUUUAGGGCAAAUACCGAUUCGUCAAUUGAUAAUAGUUCGAGUGAUGAACGAAUCAAAGCAGCCACACUCACUUCUCCAUCGUUAUCUCAACAGUCUACAACAAAUUUACAACGAAAAUCAUCCGAUCGAAAAUCGAAACGUAUUCGAAAUGCUAAAAAAUCAGAUAAUGGCCUCGGUUCAAGUACCGAAAUCUAUAAAAAAACUGGUUCGGAUGAUGAGAUUGUCGAUGGUAAAAAACAAAAGAAAAAACGACGUCCAAGUUUUAAACGUCGAAAGAAAACUGGCUAUGAUACAACACAAACAGAUUCUGGAAUUGAUUCUCACUCGAAAGAUGCUCAUUUAGCGAAAACAGAAAUAACCAUUGUGUCAAAUGAAGAAGACAGUAGUGUGGGAGAUUAUGCAAAAGAUAGCAAAAAUACGUCAAUAGAAGAACUUGAAGAAAGACCAACGGCCAACUGGAUUAGACGGCAACUUCAACAUUUUGCACGAAGAGAUAAAAGUGAAUCAAAAAAUCGUUCAAGUGGCACAUCGUCAGCCACAACAAUAACCUUGAUAACUCCACCAUCUUAUGUACCUAGAUAUACAGCAACUGUUACUUCGACACCGAGUGGACAUGUGCCAUUGUCUUCACCAUCCGUAUUAACUGAUAGUAACAAACAUCAUUAUGCUGAACGUAUUCCAUUGUCAAAAUGUGUUUUAUCACCAGAAACAGAUGUACCACGAUUUAUUGAAAAUUGUAUAUCAUUUAUUGAAAAAUAUGGUCUCUCAUGUGAAGGAUUAUAUCGUGUAUCUGGCUAUAGAAAUCAAGUUGAUUUAGUUAUUAAAAGUUUAAUUGAUGAUCCCGGCUGUGAUUUACAUGUACUUGAAGUCCCAGCAAGUGCAGUUGCAACGGCUUUCAAAGAAAUGAUGAGACGAUUACAUGAACCCAUAUUAUCCUUAGAUUUAUUUAAUGAUUGUAAAAAUUUAACUAUUUCACAAUUACAAGAACAACAAUUUUUACCAUUGAAACAAGCUUUUAAACAUAUCACACAUGUGAAUUAUAUGACAACAAAAUUUAUUUUUAAACAUUUAAAUUUUGUAUCUCAGCAUGCUGAAUCAACUCAUAUGGAUUCAUCGAAUCUUUCGUUGAUGUGGUGGCCAAAUUUAUAUCAACCAAAAUUUACUGAUUUACCAAUGGCUGGUGAAACAUGUCAGAAAAUAAAACCACUCGUUCAAGCCAUUAUUGAAAAUUAUUCAAUUAUAUUUGAUGAUAAUAUCAAACAGCAUCAUUAA